CACACUGUGUUCGCUGUGUGUUUUUUUUCCGGAAAAAAGCAAAAAGAAAACACAAAACCGAAAGUAAAAUGUGAACAAGUACGGCGUACUCGGGUGGUGCUCCUCCGUCUUCACUUUGACAUCCUCGCGAAGAGCUCUUGACGGCGUGGCACUCGCCGAUGGUCUGGCUGGCUGGCGACGCGAGCAGAUCGGACGUCUUGUGCUGCGCAGCUGACUGACUGGGCGGGUCGGGCGGCGCUGGCGAGCUUCUGACUGCUUGGGCGCGAGCGUUGAGUGCGCGCGUACAUCCACCAAAGCGGGAAACCUGCGAGCUCAGGUGCUUCGCGACUGGCAGCCGGCGGCUCGACGCUGACUCCUCCUUCCUUCAUCCCCGGGGGUCUAUUGCUGACUUUCGUGUUCUCCAUCUGCAGAAGGAGGAAAUAAGUGUGAAGUGUCUCGGAACAUGGCGGCAGGCAAGAAUAUGGGCCUUUUGCGUUGGCUCUGCAGGCGUACCUGCCUGAGUCGGAAUCUCUGCUGGCACCUUGGCUUUUCGAGGAGUGCGGGUCAUCUACGGGGCGCGUAUGGCAUGCCGAGUACGCAGAUGCCUGGCAGCUGCGCGUCGCGCAGUUACACACAGCUCAAGAAACUUUCCGAGCAGGACCCGGACGCUUUCUGGGGUUCGCUGGCCAAGGACGGCUUACUGUGGAGCAAACCGUUCGAGCAGGUCCGAAACUGCGACUUCACCACGGGCAAAAUUAACUGGUUUGUUGGAGGCGAGCUCAAUGUCACCGCAAAUUGUGUGGAUCAGCAUGCCAACAAGACACCAGACAGAGUGGCAUUGAUUUGGGAAAGAGAUGAGCCUGGCACAGAGGUGAAAAUUACAUAUAAGCAGCUGCUUGAAUCAACAUGUCGUCUUGCCAACACUUUGCGAAGACAUGGUGUGAAGAAAGGUGAUCGAGUUGCCAUCUACAUACCUGUAUCCCCAUUGGCUGUGAUAGCCAUGUUAGCAUGUGCCAGGAUUGGUGCCGUGCACACAGUAGUCUUUGCUGGGUUCAGUGCUGAAGCUCUAGCUGGGAGGAUUCAAGAUGCUAAGUGUAAAGCGGUUAUUACUUGUAACCAAGGAUUGAGAGGAGGUAAAAUAAUAGAACUGAAGAAAACUGUAGAUGAAGCCGUACUAACAUGCCCGACGGUUAAAUAUGUGUUUGUGGGCAACAGAACGGAAAACAAAGUCCCAAUGGGCAAAAUUGAUAUUCAACUUGAAGAUGAAAUGGCGAAAGAGUCACCAGUUUGCCCACCAGAAGCCUUGGGUAGUGAAGAUAUGCUUUUCAUGCUGUACACUUCAGGAAGCACAGGCAAACCUAAAGGAAUUGUUCAUACCCAGGCUGGCUAUCUGCUUUUUGCUGCCACCACGCACAAGCAUGUCUUUGACUACAAUCAAGGGGAUGUAUUUGGUUGUGUAGCAGACAUAGGCUGGAUUACUGGACACAGUUAUGUUGUCUAUGGGCCACUCUGCAAUGGUGCCACAACCGUGUUGUUUGAAAGCACUCCUGUUUAUCCUGAUCCAGGGCGAUACUGGGAGAUGGUGCAGAGGUUGCAGAUUAACCAGUUUUAUGGAGCCCCAACAGCUAUCCGACUGUUGUUGAAGUAUGGAGACAGCUGGGUAAAGAAGUAUGACAGAUCAUCUUUGAGAACACUUGGAAGUGUUGGUGAACCUAUCAAUAAUGAAGCUUGGGAAUGGUACUACAAUGUCGUUGGAGAAGGGAGAUGUAAACUUGUGGAUACCUGGUGGCAGACAGAGACAGGUGGAAUCUGCAUUUCUCCCAGACCUUCAGAAGAAGAAGCAGAAAUUAUCCCUUGCAUGGCAAUGAGACCAUUUUUUGGGAUUGAUCCCGUGUUAAUGGAUGACAGGGGAAAUCUAGUAAUGGGAAAUGAUGUAUCAGGUGCAUUGUGCAUUAGCCAGCCAUGGCCGGGUAUGGCAAGAACUAUAUAUGGGGACCAUGAAAGAUUUGUUGAUGCAUAUUUCAAACCUUAUCCUGGUUACUAUUUUACUGGUGAUGGUGCAUACAGAUCUAAUGAGGGAUAUUAUCAGAUCACAGGCCGUAUGGAUGAUGUCAUUAAUAUUAGUGGGCACCGACUUGGUACAGCUGAAAUUGAAGACGCCUUGGAUGAACAUCCUGAUGUUCCUGAAACAGCAGUAAUUGGCUUCCCUCAUGAUAUUAAAGGAGAAGCUGCAUUUGCAUUCAUUGUUUUAAAAGAUAACAUCAAACACACAGAACAGGAGAUUAUUGAAGAGCUCAAAAGAACUGUCGCCUCUAAAAUAGCUAAAUAUGCAGUUCCUGAUCACAUUUUGAUUGUAAAGAGGCUUCCAAAGACACGUUCUGGAAAAAUCAUGAGGAGAGUCCUACGCAAAAUUGCUACUAAUGACAUUACUGGGUUUGGAGACACAACCACCUUGGAUGAUCCAGGUGUGAUCACAGAGAUCGUGGAAGCUCUUGAAAAGUACAAAAACAACAGUUGUACCGGUGUUUAAAGAAGUGCCUGCUUUAUAUAAAUAUGUAAUAUACCUGUGAAGCCAUACGCAUACUGUGCACACAAUGCCAAAGAGAUACCUGUAAUGUACAGAAUGUCGUCUUAUACUAACUCGUUCCCUUACUAAUUGUACAUUUUAUCAAACUGUGACUUUUUUUACAUUUGUUAUUUUGUUACACUUACUUAAAACUGUUUUCAUCAGACGA